UUGAUUAAAUAAUAUUGGUUAUUUCUUUCUCAAUCACAACCUCGCCUAUAUAUAUAGACACACACACAGCCUACACAUAAAUUAUAUAGAAGGAAGAAAGCAAUAAUAAUAAUAAAAAUGGGAGAAGAAAUAAAUAAUAAAGAUGAGUAUAGCCAUAGGGAGAGGUUAUUGAUUCCUAAAGAGGAGGAGAAGGAGAAGGAGUACUUCUACCACCCAAACUGCCCUGGCUGCAAGGUCCAACAAUAUAAAGAUUUGCAGCAAGGUUUCCCUGUUCGAGACCUAUUUCGCAUUUGGGCUAUUGUCCUCGCCAGUGCUUUGCCAAUAUCGUCUCUGUUUCCAUUCCUUUAUUUCAUGAUUAGGGACUUAAAUAUUGCUGAAAAAGAGGAGGAUAUUGGCUACUAUGCUGGUUAUGUUGGGUCAUCGUAUAUGCUUGGGAGAGCAUUAACAUCUGUUUUCUGGGGAUACGUGGCCGAUCGCUAUGGCAGAAAACCAGUCAUCAUAAUAGGAACUUUCACAGUGGUUAUUUUCAACACCCUGUUUGGACUUAGUCUAAACUUUUGGAUGGCCAUAGCUACACGGUUUCUUCUUGGAUGUUUUAAUGGUUUGUUAGGGCCAAUAAAGGCUUAUGCAACUGAAUUAUUCCGGGAAGAACACCAUGCUAUAGGACUUUCAACGGUGAGUACGGCAUGGGGCAUAGGAUUGAUCAUAGGCCCGGCUAUGGGAGGCUUUUUAGCUCAGCCAGCAGAGAAAUAUCCAAAUAUAUUUUCACAAGAUUCAUUUCUUGGGAGGUUUCCAUAUUUCUUACCUUGCAUUGUUAUAUCAACUUUCGCACUUGGAGUUGCCAUUCCUUGUUUUUGGCUUCCCGAAACAUUACACAAUCAUCACAGUGGAAAUAACAGAUCAUCGAGCAGUAACCUGAUUGAAGGGUUAGAAACAGGAGCACAAUCUUUCACUUCUGAUACUGAUCAUCAUCAUGAACCACAAAAUAAAGAGAACCAAACUACUCAGUCUAAGAAAAGCCUUUUAAAAAAUUGGCCAUUAAUGUCAUCUAUUAUUGCUUAUUCAGUUUUCGCACUUCAUGAUAUGGCAUACUCAGAGAUUUUCUCAUUAUGGGCUGUGAGUCCCAAAAAAUUUGGGGGCUUAAGUUACUCAACUGAGAAUGUUGGUGAAAUUCUUUCUUUCUCAGGCCUUGGUCUUUUGAUCUUCCAAACGUUGUUCUACCCACAUGUGGAAAAAAUAUUUGGUCCAAUAAUGGUGUCACGAAUUGGAGGGUUCAUAUCAAUACCUGUAUUGGCAUGUCACCCCUUCAUAGCUAUGAUAUCAUCAGGGUUGGCCGUUUGGAUCUUGAUAAACAUUGCAUCACUCGUAAAGAAUGUCUUAAGUAUCUCCAUUGUAACUGGCUUGUUCAUUCUGCAAAACAGAGCAGUGGAUCAAGAUCAAAGAGGUGCUGCUAAUGGCAUUGCUAUGACUGCAAUGUCUCUUUUUAAAGCUAUUGGUCCAGCUGCAGGAGGUGCAAUAUUUUCUUGGGGAGAAACGCGUUUGAACGUAUCCUUCCUUCCAGGUGUCCAGUUAGUUUUCUUCAUCCUCAUUUUGGUUGAGGUCAUCGGAGUGAUAUUGACAUUUAAACCAUUUCUAAUAGCGCGUUCAGUUGCUUAAUUUAAGUUGCAAUUUUCAUAUGUAACAUAUAAAAAAAUAUAUAUUUAUAUAUAUUUAAUACUUAAGCAUAUUGUGUUUAUUAAUUUUCAA